AUGGGAACAGUAAAUGGGAAAUUGGGAACGAAUAGUAAAACUACCCCUCUUCAAUGUCUUCUGGACCAUUUUAAGCAAUUCAAACCUAAGAGCUCUGAAAAACUUACAAAGCGCCAGCUGAUAAAUUUAUGCCAAAUUGUGUGGCCCACGUAUUUUCUGGGCCAAGAUUUACCUCGCUGGCCACCCGAGGGCGCUCUAGAUGUGCGAAUUAACUAUCUUUCCAUCUACUUAAGUUUAAACUUUAAAGAUAAAGAGUGGCCAUAUAUGGAAAUGUUUUUGUCUUUGAGCACCCGACCAGAUCUUUGUGAGGGUUGCAAGGCAGGAUCCUUGCCCCCUCCAAACCCAGCCCUUGUAACAAAAUCCAUGGGGAGCCAGAUCCACCCUGUGGUGAAGAAACCAGUGCCUCAGGAGGCGGCUGCCUCCGUGUUUCCAGUAACUCCCCCGGCCCCUUCCAUACGGAAGGUUGAGGAGGAGGAUGAUUACCCCUACGAUCGUCUUUCUCCUCCCCCGCCCUACCCAACUGCCCCGCCUGCGGUUCGGCCUGGAGAGCCAUCACAGGGACCGUCAGGGAUGCUUUCUCCCGGUUCCCUCACCAGGCAGACCAUACAGUUUGUCCAACAGGUUAUGGGAAUGUCCCCUACUUGGGACUCCAGGGGUCAGCCAUCCACCCCAUCUGGGGCAUCCACCCUGUCGGGGACAGGGACCUCUCCCGGUUCCCUGGAGACAUCGGGGUCGUCCCCUCAGGGCGCCAUCACCCCUCCAGAGGAGGAGGAGAGUGAUGACUCAGAUGCAGGGGACACUGCAGGGUCCACUCCUCAGAGACCAGUCAGGACCACGAGGGGAAGACAGCCUCAGAGAUUGGGGGCUGUGCAGUGUCCGCUAAGGGCAGUGCCUAUGGGACAAAGACUGGUUUUAGUCCAUACCCCCUUUUCCACUUCUGACCUUCAUAACUGGAGACAGGGGCUUCCGCCGUAUCGGGAAAGCCCCCAGAAGUAUGUGGAUCUGGUGGGUCAGAUAAUUUCCACCCACCGGCCCCACAUCCCUGACCUCUUCACUCUCCUUACUGGCCUUCUGAGUGAAGAUGAACUCCGCCAGGUGCUGAAGGAGGCCCAUGCGUCCUAUGCUGCCUGGAGAGGGGAGCAGGUUGCCCAGGGGCGCUAUGAUGCGGGCAACUUGCCAGAACCUCUGGCAUUGAUCAGCCCUAACCCACCAGAGCCUGCAACCGACCCUAACAAUGAGUUGGGGAAUGUCUUGAUCAUGGCAGCGCGAACUGCCGUCUUGGACGGACUCCGGAAAGGAGUCCCAAAAGCUAUUAACUUCCAUAGAGUGUAUGAAGCGAUACAGGGACCCCAGGAGUCCCCCACGGAAUUCCUGGUGCGUCUGAAGGAUGCCUUCCGUCGCUUCACAGACCUGGACCCAGAGGCUCCGGGAAAUGAAGCGGCUAUAAAAACAGCCUUUAUUGGCCAGUCAGCCCCAGACAUUCGGAAGAAGUUGCAGAAACUGACAGCCCCAUCCGCCCAACCCAUGGAAACCCUCAUACAGACUGCCUUUCAAGUGUUCCACCAGAGAGGGGAGGUGGAAGAGAAAUUUUUGGUAGAUACAGGGGCUACCUAUAGUGUGUUGGCUGGACACAGGGACACAGUCCCUGCCCUCACCACUUUCACCACUCCAGUGGUGGGCAUUGGUGGGGAACCAUCCCGAGCGCCAGUCACUCAACCCGUCCCAAUAACCCCAUCAGUCAAACAUUCCUUUUUGGUACUCCCAAAAUGCCCCCUUAAUCUUUUGGGAAGAGAUCUUUUGUGCAAACUAAGGGCAGACAUCCAUUGCCGACCAGAGGGACUCUCUUUGUCCUUCCCACCUGAAACUGCUUACAUCUGUUAUCUGGAACCCACACUUGGUCCCGAGCCCGCGGAGUGGAGGGAGGUAGACCCUGAGGUCUGGUAUACAGGGACACCAGGAUUGGCCAAAUAUGCAACCCCUCAUCAAGUCCCACUGAAACCAGGGGCAUGCCCAAUUUCCGUGCGGCAGUACCCUCUCAAAAGGGAGGCCCGCAUUGGACUCCAGCCUAUAAUUCAGGCUUUCUUAGAGGCCGAUCUGCUGAUGCCAGUGUCCAGCCCAUGGUGUACACCCAUCCUUCCCGUACCAAAGUCGGAUGGAUCAUGGCGGUUUGUGCAGGACCUUAGGGAAGUAAAUGCCCGAACACUCCGACUGCACCCAAUGGUAGCCAAUCCCCACACCAUUUUGACCACCCUAACCAGAGAUCAAACUUGGUACGUGGUAGUGGACCUGAAGGAUGCUUUUUUCUGUGUUCCCUUGGCCCAGGAGUCACAGCCCAUCUUUGCAUUUGAAUGGUUAGAUCCUGAUGGUCCCAUAUCCCAUAAAAACCAGUUCUCCUGGAAGAGGAUCCCGCAGGGUUACUCUAACUCGCCUUCCGCCUUUCAGCGGGCUCUGUCCGCUGAUUUGAGCCAUUUCCAGCCACCCGCAGUGACCAUCUUGCAAUAUGUGGAUGAUCUUUUGGUCGCAGCAAAAACGGCGGACGAAGCGUCCGCACAAUCGGUGGCAUUAUUAAAUCACUUGGGUUCCUGUGGGUACAAAGUUUCCAAGUCAAAAAUCCAGUGGGUAUCCCAAAAGGUCCGGUAUUUGGGUUAUGUUUUGGAAAAAGGUACUCGGUACCUGCAUCCAUCCCGUAUCCAAGCGUUGAAUGAUUUAAAUCCUCCCCAAAAUGUGCAGGAGCUCCGUAGUUUUCUGGGAAUUGCAGGAUAUGGGCGACUGUGGGUCCCCGGGUUCUCUGUCUUGUCAAAGCCUCUGUAUGAAUUGACAGCCUUAAAUAUGGCUUGGGAAUGGACGGGCACCCACCAAAGGGCGUGGGAAGCUAUCCGGUCUGCUCUAGCCUCUGCAGCAGCCCUGGCAUUACCCGACCGGACCUUGCCCUUUGAGCUAUUUGUACACGAGAAACAAGGAGUGGCCCUGGCUGUUCUUACCCAGACCGUGGGUCCGGCCAGGAUGCCAGUAGCCUAUUUCUCCAAAAAUUUAGACAGCCCAGUCAAGGGGUGGCCAGCCUGCUUGCAGGCCAUUGCGGCAGCGGCAACGAUGGUUGAAGAGGCUUUAAAAAUCUCUGCAGGGAGCCCGAUACAUGUACAGUCCCCUCAUUCUGUGGCUGCUCUCCUAGAUCAAAAACUACCGGCCUGGGCGACCUCAGCCAGACUUACUCGCUAUGUGUCUAUUCUCUUGGAAAAUGACUCAGUGUCCUUACAUAAAUCUAACUGCCUCAAUCCGGCUACCCUGCUCCCUUUGCCAGCUGUCACCCCUGUCCAUGACUGCCUUAGAGUCUUGGCAGAGACGGUGGGUAUACGUCCUGAUCUCAGGAUGGAGCCCAUUGUUGAUCCAGACCUCUCCCUGUGGACAGAUGGGUCUUCUUUUGUCCUCAACGGACAAAGGUAUACAGGGUAUGCUGUGGUCACUGAGGAACACCCAGUAAUCUUAAAAAGACUGCCCCCACAGUGUUCUGCUCAAGUGGCCGAACUUGAAGCCCUGAUCGCUGCUGCCACCUACUGCCAGGGAAUUCGAGCGAAUAUCUACACUGACAGCCGAUACUCAUUCCUGGCCGCACACACCCAUGCUUCCUUAUGGAAGGCUAGGGGCUUUAGGGGUGCAGAUGGAAAAACCUUAAAAAUGAAGCCGCUUCUGGAAAGACUUUUCUCGGCCCUUCUGCUGCCCUCAGAAAUAGCUGUGAUUCACUGCAGGGGGCAUCAGACAGAUGAUGGCCCCGUGACACGGGGAAAUCGCCUGGCUGACACCUGUGCCCGACACGCGGCGCAAAUGGAAAGGGAGGAGGUCAGAGGACUACACCCAGCUUGGGAACCGAAGGGGACAGCAUGUGUGGGAGCCCUAAUUCCAGUCACCCCCACCCAGAUGCCUUCAAUCUAUGAUGCAAGGGACCACCUAAGCCCAGACGGGAAAUGGGUGAACGGGUGGUGGGUGGUGAAUGGGCGGAUACAACUCCCUAGUGCCCUAGUCCCCCAUGUCAUUAAGAAUAUGCAUACUAGCACACACCUUGGAGCGCGCACCCUUUACAGGUGGCUGAAGCAGAGGUACAGCAACAAGGGGCUGCGGCAGGCAUGCCGAAAUGCCUCAAAAACAUGUCCAAUAUGCCAAAGGAACAACCCUAAAACAGGGGUGCCAGUCCCAAGGGGAAGGCUGCGCACUGCCAGGUACCCUGGGGAGGCCUGGCAGGUGGAUUUUACUGAAAUGCCAAAACAGGGAACCAAACAUAACCUCCUAGUGUUUGUGGAUCUGUUCAGCGGGUGGCCGGAGGUGUUUCCAACCCGCACCCAAACAGCCCGGGAGGUAGUCAUGGCCCUGGUUGAAUCCAUAAUUCCGAGGUUCUCUGUCCCAAGGGGCCUCGAGAGUGACAAUGGGCCUCACUUUACCUCAAAGGUGGUUCAGGAGGUUUGCAAAUUGUUAGACAUCCCGUGGUUUCUGCACUCUGCAUAUCACCCAGAGUCCUCCGCGAAGGUUGAAAGAAUGAAUCAAAGCCUGAAGAUUAAUAUUGCCAAGCUGUGUCAGGAAACUAAUCUGAAAUGGCCUAAGGUCUUACCCUUGGCCUUGACCCGGGUCCGAGCGGCCCCAUCCUCUCGACUGGGAUUGUCCCCAUUCGAGCUGGUGUAUGGCCGCCCUUUUGUUGCCUCGGAGCUGAUGGACCCUCCCGAAACCACCCAGGCAUACCUUAGAAAACUCGUAGGGGAUCUGUCUGCUUUAUCUCUCCAGGUCUCAGCAGCCUUGCCGGUGUGCCCAGAUCUACCCACUACAGUGCACCCGGGGGAUUGGGUCCUGGUGAAGGAACUACAUCCCAAUUGCACUGAGCCCAAGUGGUCAGAGCCAAAGCAGGUCCUUCUCAGCACACCCACAGCAGCAAGGGUUGAAGGGUUGAAAGCCUGGGUCCAUAUCUCCCGCCUGAAGCCAGUCCCAGCACCAGCAGACGAGUGGGCGUGUGAGCAGUUAGGCCCGUUACGCCUAAAGAUCCAGCGCCACACCCAGAGUUCUCCACCCCCAAGAAGUCAGGAGGCGGCAGUCUUGCAUACCGGGAGGACCGUUCCUGUCCACACCGACCUCCCUGCAGACCCAGACGAACAACUGGACUUCGUGUAUAUCGGGGACGGCAAAUUCAUUGAUGUAACUGAUGUUGAUGGGUGUUGA